AUGUCCGAAGACGAACUCGUCGUCCUCCGGAAAUUCCUUCAAGAAAACCUCGACAAGGGCUUUAUACGUGCCAGUACGUCACCAGCCGCCUCGCCAGUGCUAUUUGCGAAGAAACCCGGAGGCGGCCUCCGUUUUUGCGUCGACUACCGGGCACUCAAUGCCAUAACCAUCAAGAACCGAUAUCCACUGCCAUUAAUUCAGGAGACUCUUUCGCAACUAAGCCAAGCCAAAUAUUUCACCAAACUUGAUGUCGUCGCAGCAUUUAACCGAAUACGCAUCAAGGAGGGCCAAGAGUGGAUGACAGCGUUCAACACAAGAUAUGGACUCUUCGAGAGUCUGGUGAUGCCGUUCGGACUAUCAAACGCCCCAGCUACCUUCCAAGCCAGGAUCAACGAAGUAUUACGCCCAUUCCUGGACAGAUAUUGCACAGCCUAUAUCGACGACAUUCUCAUCUACUCAAACGACCUCGCCUCUCACAGACUCCACGUCAAAUCAGUGCUCCAGGCGCUUGAAGCCGCGGGCUUGCAACUCGACGUCAAGAAGUGUGAAUUCGAGACUACCGAAGUGAAAUAUCUGGGCAUGAUCAUCUCAACCACGGGAGUACGAAUGGACCCAGCGAAAGUCGACUGUCUCGUCAACUGGGAAGCGCCCAUCAAUGUAAAAGACGUCCAAGCCUUCUUAGGAUUCUCGAAUUUCUACAGACGAUUCAUCAAAGGAUUCUCACGCAUCGUACGACCACUGGUUGCCCUGACACGGAAGUUAGUCAAAUGGAAUUGGACCUCAUCUUGCCAAGAGGCGUUCGACACGCUCAAAGAAAGCUUCACCUCGGCCCCGAUCCUCAAACACUUCGACCCCACAAAAGAAGUCAUUGUCGAAUGCGAUGCAUCCGAUUUCGUGUCUUCAGGCAUCCUCUCCCAGGAAGACGAUCGGGGGGUACUGCAUCCAGUGGCCUUCAUGUCUAAAAAAUACGACCCCGCUGAAUGUAACUACGAGAUCUACGACAAAGAACUUUUGGCAAUUGUACGCUGCUUCGAAUGCUGGAGACCGGAACUCCAAGGCGCGCACCACCCGAUCACAGUGAUCACCGACCAUGCCAAUCUUCGAUACUUCAUGACAACUAAGCAACUUUCAAGACGCCAAGUCAGGUGGAGUGAAUUCCUAUCAGAGUUUCAAUUUGCUAUUAAGUCGGUACCAGGGAAAGAUAACAGAAAACCCGACUCACUCACAAGGAGAUCACAAGACUUGCCAAAAGAUGAAAAUGACGACCGCAUCCAAUACCAACAACAAUCACUGCUAAAACCGCACAACAUUGACUCCUCCGUACAAGAAGAACUGAAGAUUGACCCUGAGCUCUCAGAACUCUUCGCAAACUUGUCCUGGGACCAGGAAAUUGCACUAUGCCCGGCCAUUCUAGACGAAGUUGAACCAGAACCAAUCAACCACAAAAUCACAAGGCUGCUAGACAAAGGUUAUGAAGAGGAUGAAUGGUGGAUGAAAAUUAGGGACGAGAUGCUCAAACCCCACGGCAUCCCCCACUCAAAGGAAGUCUCCCUAUCUGAAUGCACGAUAAAUGAAGGCCGACUGUACUUCCGAGAGAGAUUGUACGUCCCAGAAGGCGAACUACGAACCCUUCUCACCCAACUCGCUCACGACAGCGUUGAGUCAGGCCACCCCGGGAAGAACAAGCUAUACGAACUCAUCUCACGCUCCUACUGGUGGCCGAGGCUCAGCACUGAUACAAAAGAAUUCACACGCAAUUGCCACGGCUGCCUGAGAAACAAGUCCUCCCAACUGCGUUACCAGGGAACACUGAAGCCUCUCCCAAUCCCACUGCAAAGAUGGAGAGACCUGUCUGUCGACUUCAUCGGCCCGUUUCAACCAACUUCCCGCGGAUUUAACGCGAUCAUGGUCGUAGUCGAUAGGCUGUCAAAGGACAGACAUUUCACGCCCUGCAGGACCGACAUGAAAGCACACGACUUAGCCAUGCUCUUCGUGCGAGAUACCAACAUCAGCCUUUCUACAGCAUACCACCCGGAAACCGACGGCCAAACCGAGAACGCUAACUCAUUCCUCGAACAAUACCUUCGCCAAUAUGUCAGCUUCGCCCAAGACGACUGGGAUGAGUGGCUCCCACUGGCUGAAUUCGCAGCCCGUAAUGUCGUCAACGACUCAACUGGCAUGUCCCCCUUUUUCGCGAACACGGGCUACCACCCUCGAAUGAGCUUCGGCCCUCCUCGAGCGAUGUCGAAAGCAGUAUCCAAGGACCUGGCAGAACGCAGCAACGAGGGCAAUAACUUCGUCGCGAAGAUGGAGGAGAUCACCGAUCUACUCCGGACGAACCUGCGUUCAGCCCAAGCCUCACAAGAAAAAUUCGCCAAUGCAAACAGAUCACCGGCGCCAGCCUAUCGAGUCGGAGAUCUGGUCCUGCUAAGCACGCGUAACAUCAAUUCAGCCAGACCCAUCCCAAAACUCGAUCACAAGUUCAUUGGCCCUUUUCGAAUAGAGCGCGUGCUCAGCUCUCACACCUACCAGCUCAAAUUGCCACACGAAUUAAGCUCAAUUCACAACUCAUUCCAUACCAACCUCCUGCGACCAUUACCAAACGACCCACUCCCCGGCCAGUACAACCCGCCGCCGCCGCCAAUAGCACUGGACGAAAGAGGGGAGAAGCUCUGGGCGAUUGAAGAAAUACUGGACUCGAGACGCAAAAAAGGGAAAGGUUUUCAGUACUAUAUACUAUGGAGAGGCUUUGGUCAUAGGGAAGCCACAUGGGAACCAUUGCACAAUGUCGUCAACGCACACAUCGCAAUAAAAGAGUUUGAGAAACGCCACAGAAGCAAACCCAGACCCACGAGGCAAGAGGUGCGAAAUGCCCGACACCAAGCGAAGCAAGAUGUCAAAAAUUCAGAAACGAGGGAGUAA